CACCGGCUCUGACAUCUCAGAUGAAAUCACUGCUGAAACUAGUGAGGAAAGGAACGUUAUCGCCAACGGCUUCUGGAACAAGUACAUCAGCAAGCUCAAAGUCGAGCAAAAAGCGUGGCUCAACAUCAGGUGCCUCGAAGUCAAGCCGGCCAUCGAGUCGAGCCAACGCCAGUAGCGUAUCGCCGCGGCCAAACACCACACCCUCGCCAGCCAAUCCACCUCCGCCGCCGCCGCCACCGUCAGCUGCUCCCCCACCGCCUGCUGCAGCAGCCGCCGUACGUCCACCUCCAUCCUCAGCCGGCCGCGGUGCGUUACUGGGCCAGAUACACACGGGCGCACGGUUGAAGAAGACGGUCACGAACGAUCGUAGUGCGCCGAAAGUCUGAUCGUCGCUUUCGUCGCUCUCCGGUUGCCAGUGUCCGAAUGCAGUGCUCUGUGUUGGCCAUCGGACUGCGCUGGCAUGAUAUGUUGGAGAGGUGGGUGUGUACGUGUGUGUGUGCGUGUGUGUGUGUGUGUGUGCAUGCAUGUAUGCGUAUGCACCGCGUAUGCCUGCGUCUGAGUGUGCGUCCGCAUACAAGUGUAACGUUAUUUUUGCUUUCGAAUUCGCCAGUUUGACGGUGGCAGCCGCAUUGUUCCAUACUGGUGGUGGCCAGGCUGUGUCUCAUCGGUCCAAUGCAUGAUCAUACCCCGUGGCAAUGCCCUGCCAUCUAACCAGGGUCUCUGUGAGAAAACUGCAUUUCUUGCAGUGAGGUCUCACCACCACCACAACGCUCCAUAUCUGAUGUUGUCAUCUCUGCUGCCCUGUGUGCACCCCCCCCCCCCCCCCCAACCACCUCUGUUUCAGCUGGCCUGAUCCACACACAUUCUCUAUCUAGGAAAAUAAUAUGUUGCUCUAUUCCACUACAGUGUCCUCUCUUUUUUAAUUUAAAUUCUAUGAACAAAACCAGAGACCGACUGUGGACCUGAAUCGAACCGUAUAGUUUAUAGUUGUAGGCAAAAUAUUAUUUCAUGGUUAGCCUAGUCUUGAUUCGCUGAUACCGGCAAUGGUUAUUGUCGGUGUAUUGAUCCAUAGUUUGCUUGCUGUUCAACUUGUGAAAAUAUGACCCUAUUUUGGAGAUCUGUUAUUUUCAUGCUGGUCUCAUGACCCACGGCUACUGGCCUGAUUGUUAUUUGUGCGCUUUUCGUGAUUCCAUCUGCAGCUAGCUGCCUAUAGCUGUGCUAUUUAAAUGUUGCUAGUGUUGUGAUUAUUCGUCUCGACUGG